UUCGGAAUACAUCUCACAACCAUUGAAUCUCACAUCCGUAUAAAGAAUGAAGAAAAAACUAUUAAAGUUACAAAUGAGAUCAAUCUACUUGUAUGCAUAAUUAUUCAGAUAAAAUAACAAGCAUAGUCACGCGACUUUCAGUAUAUUUUACACUCGAAUGAUUUCUGUAUAUGGAAACAAAGAAUUAAGAUUCUUCGAGAGUCGCAUAAAUUCGUGGCGAUGCGACCAAGAUUUUAGCGUCGAUUCCGCGGUUGGUGGAAUCGUCGCGCACAGUAAAUUCUUAUCCUCACGACGGUGAGAAAACCUAAUACGAGGCUUCGACGGAACUGAUCGCGCGGGGACGAGGACAAGGCGAACGCUAGUCAAUCGGCAGAGAGAAAGAGAGAACGAAAAAAAGAAAGAGAGAGGGAGAUACAGCAGCAGUGAGCAAGAGAAGAAAUGUGGAGAGGAGGAGAUGCAGCAGCGGCUCCUUGGCACAAGUCCGGCUAAAAGUGAAAUCGACUAUCCACCGGUUUGUAUCACAGCCGUUAUUAUAUGUUAUCCAAGCUAAGCGAGAUGCAGGAAAUCCGAGGCCACUGUUACAAGAAUUACAGCGCGGAAACGUAACUCGGCGCCAGACUAUACUAUUCCGGAGCAGCUGCGAUUAUCGCGACAUUGAUGGAAAACCAGAGGCAAGCGUUUUGCGCGAACGCGUCAAGGAUGGAGGAUCAAUCAAAGCUUUUGUGAGGUCUACCGAUGCGGGGAGACACGGAUUCCUCUUUUGCACCUUCCGUCGGAUAUAUUCGACCUAGGAGCGCAUGCAAGCAUCGCCGUUAAAGUCAUCCACGUUAAUUACGAAAGUGAAAGUACGCGUUCGUUCGCGAUGUUGGAUAUGAAGUAAAAAGAAAUCUCCCAGGGGGGGCUUCUUCUUCGUCUUCUUUCCGCUGCUUUUACGUAAUUUGGCUGAUCUUGUUAUCGUUUUGCAUUUUCUGAUGAAUGACGCGCACGUUCACGUGCCAACACGUGACCGACAGAGGAAGCGUUUUUGCAGAAAUCGGGCUAUUAAUGUAAUCAACAGCAAAAAUUAGAUGCCUGCUCAUGUUUCGUUUCGUGUCAGCCGCCGGUAAAUUUCGGUAACGAAACCCGGAAACUGUUUUUACCGUUCCCCUGUCUAUCACGUCGCAACCAAAUUUCUAAUAGUCUCACAAGAUCAAUCGACCGAGAUGAGAAUUUCGUAAAGAGAUUUCACUGUUAUACUUGGCGAUACCGAAGUGAUACUGACGGGUAAUACGUAAUUUUCUUGCUUGCUUUUUACGUGCCCACAUCAUUAUUCGCAGAUACAGCUGAAUUGAGCAAACAGAUAAGAACUCGAUUUUAAAAGCCAGGAAUUUCGUUUCUAAAAUAAUAGAAAUGCUUUCAAAAUUUUUUGCCGAUUUUUCUGUGGACAACUAUGCAGCAUAUACAUCACGACAAAAAUAUUGUGCGUUGAUUGUGUGUAAAUAAUAGUUUUAUACAUAAGGAAUUUUGUAAUUGUGUAAUCAUCCGGCUAGACGGCGUGUUGCUAAUAAAGCAGCAGUUUCUACCUUUCACAAUGCAUAACGGGGAUCGUGGCUGCUUGCCUGUGUAUGCACCGUUAUCGAUGAAAUACUGUUAAAGACUUGCGGGCUCUGGGUAAAGUUUCGUGACUGUUGGACCCCGAAGGUAAUUGGAGUAUCUCGACAUGACCAAUCAUAAAUAACAUCGCAAUAAUAGAUAAACAUCAGCACAGAUCGACAUCAGCUAACAGAUCAUUGAAUUAGUAUAAUGCAAUUUGGGAUGCAAUGACUAAUUUCAUACAAAAGUUGUUAUAUAAAUCGAAAAUUUUCUCUGUAAUCAAUAAUUAUUAUUAAAAACGAAAUAAAAUGAAAGGAAGAGAAAAAUAAUUUAGUUAUUUAAGUAAUACAACGUAAAAGAUAGAGAUGCGGAGGUAGAUACAAAGACACGUGUAGCAGAGAAAGGCACAUGAAUGAUAAAGGUGGUGACAUCUUGGAGAAAAGCAGUUGCAUAAGAGUAAGCAUUAGUUUUUUAAGAAAUUUUAAUGAUAGGAUCUGUCGUAAGUGAAAUCUGCAAUAAAGUAGCAGCAGACCAUAGUUUGCAGGCGAUCGAUGAUUAAUGAUACAAAAGCAGACGUUACUACUCCCAACGUGGCGUACCAACGUAUGUUGUACAUUUUUUAUCUUGUACUUGUCAACUGUCGCAUAUGCAACUGACACGAAUUUGCAAUUAUGAAAAAAUAUACGCAUAUGAGCGUAUACGAGCUGUGCGUAGCGUAUGAUAAACGAUUUAUUUGACAGCGUGUAAACAUAUCGUACGUCAUAACUCGUAUAACGAAGCUGGAAGAAUUUGGGGAGACCAAUGUUCUUCAAGAAAAAUAAUAAUUAUUUAUAUAUUCACAUUCGUUUCGAGCACCGUUUGUACUUUAAUCAAAUGCAAAUGCUCAGACAUCACACGUAUCAGAACUUGUUAACAAAAUUAAUAUACGUUUUCUCUAUUUUUCUUCCUAUUUUCGCAAAGUUACAUAAUGGCACGUCAAUUGCAUUAUUAAUGGCGGUCUCCCAAUUUGAUCUUUGACAGAAUGUUUAAUUCACGAUCGGACCUUGUGCCUGUGUGUAUAUCAGCUGUCAUACAAGAAUUAUGAAUUUGUAUGAAUUCUUUCUUGAUUAUCGCGCUCAUACUUCAUCACAAAUCGUUAUAUGUACAAGUGUUUCGCCGUAUAAUUGCGAGCAAAACAAACAUUGGCCAGUUAAUUUAUAUUGGAACGCAAAAUAGUCCCUUUUUUAUUCGAGCUACGAACUCUCUCGCAAAACGUCGGGCAGUCGCAGAAUUUGCAAAAAUUGAGUUCCCGCGCGAGAGAGAUCGCAGUUUGCGAUCCAUAUUAUUUUAAUUUAAUUAUAAUUUUGUGCAAAUUUCGGAAAAAAUGUUUUUCAUAUUUCUCUUAUAUCUGGCUGGAGUAUCAUUCGUACAAUGCCAGAAGGUAACUUUAGUGCUGAGAAUAAUAUACAAUUUUGGUAUCAAUUUAUCAAGAAAGAGUACUAUAAAAAUGCUAAAAAUUAAAAACUAUAUUUUUAGCUUCACGAGUAUAUGACGCCGGACGAAGUGAUGUCCGUUUUUCAUGCUCCGCAUCAUCUUGUACCUGAGUACGAAGUAGUGCCCGUAUUGCAUCGUACAAAGAAGCAAGAAGAUUCCGAUGUAUCCGAGGUAAAGGUGAAAGCAUUCAAUGAUGAAGUCAAGUUGUACUUGAAUCCUACAGAAGGCAUUCUUGCCAGCAAGAAUACACCUGUAUGGACCGUCAAGUCGAAUCCGGAAGCAUCCGAAGGAUUACAGUACGAACAAGUACUUGGGGCUAUGAAAUCUUUAGGAGUCGCGCUUCAAGAUGUAGACAGUUCAAGCGCAGUUGUAGUCACUCCUACUCCUAAUGGUAAAAUACAUUUGGACGGAAUAAUUAAAGAUGCAUAUGUUAUAAAAUCUUUGCCGCAACGAAUCUUGCAAAAAGUUCUCUACGGAGGAAAAAAACUUUUCGAACCACUUCACACCAAGAACGUAACGAGCGAUGACGAAUACGCUUAUACACAUCAUCAUGUAGUAUACAAAGUACCUCCAAAUCCGUUGAAAGAUUUCAAAAUUACCGAUCCUGAUAAAAAAGUAAAUGCUCCGAAUAUUAUCUAUCCCGAAUUAUUAGUCGUAGUCGAUUACAAAGAGUACAAAUUACUUGGUGGAAAUGUCGAGCAGGCCGUAAAAUACAUCUUCUCAUUUUGGAACGGAGUUGACUUGAGAUAUCGCUUGCUAACCACACCUAAAAUUCGAUUCAAUAUCGUAGGAGUAGUUAUAGCUACGGACCCGGAUGCAACUCCAUACCUGGAGAAGAAUCGCCAUGAAGAUUCGGAAAAUGCUGUAGAUGCAGAUCGUGCUCUGCGCGGUAUGGCAGACUAUUUCUAUCGUGAAACCAGAUUUCCAACAGAUUAUUAUGAUAUAGCGAUAUCUAUGACACGAUUGGAUUUGUGCAAUAUGCUCACUGAAGAUUAUUGUGAUCUGUCAACUUUGGGUUACGCAUAUGUGGCUGGUGCAUGUGACAGAAAUGCAACGAAACAAUCAUCCGAGGCCGUAGGAAUUAUCGAGGAUAACGGUGGAUUCGGCGGUAUCAUCACUGCGGCUCACGAGAUCGGUCAUUUGAUAGGUGCGCGUCACGACGGCAAUCCUAACGGAGCCGGAGACUGUCCGGCUCAUGAAGGCUUCAUUAUGACUGGCGGGCUUAUGUUGCACGAGAACGGCUUUGAAUGGUCCACGUGCAGUAUAGACGCGUUCUACAAAUUUAUCAACGAGGACAGAGCAAAAUGUCUUUACAAUGAACCUUUAUAUGGCGACCAAUUGCCGCGUGUUUUGCCUGGAAAAUUACUGUCUCUGAACGAACAGUGCAAAAUGACCUCGGGAACACCAGCUUGUAAUAAAGAUGCUACGGUCUGUACUCGCUUGGAAUGUGAAUAUCCUGGCUUUGAGGGUUAUUGCACAGCAGCAGCCCCAGCAGCGGAAGGUUCUCCUUGCGGAGAUGGAUUGUAUUGCUUGAAUGGCAAAUGCGUGUUGGAGGGAAUAAUAACCAAGGAGCAAGAGAAAAAGAAAUCACUCAAAGAUUAUCUCCCGAGAUUAAAUAUUCAGGAAAUCAAGAAAAUUACGUGGAUGGAUUUAGUACGAAAAGUGAGAGAAAUGAGAGACAAAGUGAAAGAAAAAGUGAAAGAAAAAUUAAAAAAUAUCUUUGGGCCAAAGAAAACGUGAAUGUUGAACUGUAAGUAUUACAUCAACUGAAAUCGCAAUAAAAAAACAAUUGUACGAAUUGAUUUGAAUUAUAUUUCAAAUCAAUUAAUCCUCUUUCAUUCCUAUUACAACUUUCCUCAAGAAUUAUAUCUCAAUUAUAUUACAACUAUUCAACCCUAAAUAUGUAAAUGUGUAAAUAUGAGAUUUUUGCUUAUGUAUUAAAAUUUUAUAAGAGCAGUUAUUCAUUUAAAAAUUAUAAAGUAAAUAUGUUUCAAUCUACAUGUUACAGGACACCACACAUGCUGGUUACACAGCUACUAUUGUGCAUCACUGUUGCUUUUAUGGAAUAUUUUUCAUAUACAAAAAUGUAAUUUCAAUGAUAUUCUGUUUUGUCACGAACAUAUUACAUCAUGUUUCAAUAUAAACUGUAAAAUUCUUUUUACAUAUAGUUUAUAUAUGCAAAAAUACCGAAAAGUUACACGUUGUACCAUAUGCAAACUUAUAAAAAAUAAAAAAAAUAUAAAUAUUCACAA